AUGAUUGCGGCGGGCACACAGAUCGAGUUGUCUAUCGGGGUCACUCUGGGCAUCUCCACCAUGGCAGCCGCUGCUCUGGGAAACCUGGUGUCGGACCUGGCUGGACUCGGUCUGGCUGGUUACGUGGAGGCUCUGGUCUCUAGACUCGGGAUGCAGGGUCCAGACUUGACCCCCGCUCAGGUCGACAUGUGGCAGACACGACUUAGCGCACAUCUGGCCAAAGCCAUUGGCGUCUGCAUCGGCUGUCUACUCGGCAUGUUCCCCCUGUUCUUCCUGCAUGACGACAAGGACGAGGAUGUCAACGCAGCAACCAAAUGA